UGCGACUAUAAUCAUUUGCCAAUUUGUGAUUUUGAAAUUAUUCUCCUUCAUUUCUAAUUGGCUAUGGAUUUGCAAUUUCUUCAUCUGAUUAUUUAGGGAUUUAUUUUAUAAUCAAUUUGGUAGAUAAUUUGAUAUUAUAAGUCAGGAAAUUUUGCAAUAAUCUUCAACUAAAUUUCUGGGGUUUUCUAUUUUAUUGAAUUUGAUAGUGGGGUUGAUUUAAUUUUCACGAAUAGAUUAAUUUGCAUAGGUUUGAUUUACUUUUCUGUAUUUUUUAUUGCAAUUUUUUAUUAUAUUUUUGGGUAUUUUUUGUCAUUUAAUUUUGGAUUAUUUUUGUAAAGGAUUCGAUUUGCAUCGCAAAAGUUUCUGUAAAAAACAUCGUUUAAUAUUCUGCGAAUGUGUUCAAAUAUAAUGGGUAUUGUUUAUACUUAAAAAUUCUGGUUUAAAUUUCUCUAAACUUCUACAAAUUAAUCGAUUAUUUGAUACAGUUUCAUCAAUAGCAAGUUGCUGGUAGAGCUCUUCCAACUGAGACAGAUGUCACACCAAAGAUCUACAGGAUGAAGCUUUGGGCUACCAAUGAAGUCUGUGCUAAGUCCAAAUUCAGGUCAAAGUUAAAGGAUGAUUCUGGGAGCUUGAGAAUUUGUUGCCUUGCUCAGCGCGGAAGCUUCAGCAGACACUUAUUGUGGAAUAGGCGGAGUAUUAUUAACCUUGAGUUCAAAAUUGGUAACGGUGUUUCGGCGACUCUCCCCUUGGCAAGGUUUUCGGUGAUGUUUCUGAGGAACAAUCAAUUGCGACUGUUAUUGAAGCUUUUAAUCAAGGUAUCAACUUAUUUGACACUUCUUCGUAAGUUCAUCAUCUUCCUCAAAUUUGAUGAUCCAUUUCUGUAUUUCUCCCCAGUUUUAUUAGUAUUUAGAUGUGUAUUUUCUGGAAUUUCUGGAAUUGUAAUAUGUUAUUUUAAUUGUUGUUGUACGAAAAUUGAAUUUUUUGUGACCCAUUUUGGGGUUAGAUCAGUAUUUGUCACACUGAAAUCUAUUAAGUGAGUUGUCCCAGGUUGGAGACUACUAAUAGAGUGAUCGCAAAAUUACUCCUCCUAUAGCCAAUUAGUUGUGGGAUCAACAGGGCUACAAGCGUCCUGACUUGGAUUCUGGCCAUGCCUAUUUUACAAAGUUAACAUUAUAUACUGUAAAGAUGCCGCCUUUGUCAUUUGAUUGGAUCAAUUGAUUAUUUAGAUGAUGAAUCUAUUUUGUGGAUUUUGUUUAGGUACUAUGGUACAAAA